AUGGUUUUGUCUGUCCCAGUGAUUGCUCUGGGAGCUACCUUGGGGACUGCUACCAGCAUUCUUGCUUUAUGCGGGCUGACCUGCUUGUGCAAAUGUAAGCGACCUGGGAAAGGACCCUCAGACAAGGAACAGGACCUGGACUCUGAAAAUGCCAAACCCAGUGUGCUGCAGACAGUCCAGCAGGUAAAUGUUGAGAAGACAGCAGAACCUGUACAGCCAAGAGCACUCCUAAAGUUUCCCUACAUCUAUGGCCCAAAGCCAGUAGUGACUUCUUCAGAAAUUGUUAACUACACAGACUACACUUUGAAAACAACAGAAGAGCUAACCAAGGAGAAACCUGCAGCUCUGGAUGAGAAAAGGAUAAACAUAAGAGUCAAUGAAGAGUUAGUUCUCCCUCAAAAUGGCGGAAUGAAGGAUGUAUGUGUCACUGAACAUCUGAGUCCUGAGACAGCUGCUGCCUGCAACCAGGUCCCAGAACUUCGCUAUUCUCUUGGCUAUGACCAACAGAAAGAUAUGCUCAGUGUGGCUUUCCUUGAAGUUAUGUAUGAAACCACAGCAGGAGACCAAAACAAUGGCUGUGACUACUAUAUCUUGGGCACUUUGGUGAGUGGGUCUGGCACUAGGGAGGCCCAGACUGUACUGAAAAAGAAGCAGUCCCACAUCUUCUGGGAGGAACCUCUGCUGUUUCCAUUAAAGAAGGAGGAGCUAUCUGAAGGCAUGCUAACACUCACCUUGAGAAACUGUGACAAGUUCUCCAGGCACAGCAUUAUUGGGGAAAUGAAACCAAGUCUGGCUAAUGUUGGGGAGCCCUACGGAACAGUGCAGUGGGAGAAGCUGAAAACACCUGACAAGGAGCCUGAUACAGGCUACGGGGAAGUUCUCCUUUCUGUCAGCUACUUGCCUGCAGCAAACCGGCUGCUUGUGGUACUCAUAAAAGCUAAGAAUCUUCAUUCCAAACAGCUGAAAGAGCUUCUUGGGAAGGAUAUAUCUGUGAAAGUGAUUCUAAAGCACCAGUCCCUGAAGCUGAAAAAGAAGCAAACCAAGCGAGCCAAACACAAGAUCAACCCAGUAUGGAAUGAGAUGAUUAUGUUUGAGGUGCCCCACGAUCUGCUCUGUGCCUCCAGCGUGGAGCUGGAGAUGCUAAGCCAGGAUGGUGAUGGCCAGAGCCACUUAUUAGGCAAGUGUUGCCUUGGCUUGCAUGCCACUGGCACAGAGAAGAACCACUGGGAAGAGAUGCUGAGGAACCCCAGAAGGCAAAUAGCUAUGUGGCACCAACUUCAUAUGUAG